CUAGAGCUUCGUGAGCUUCAAUAAGCAGAGCUACGGCAAUCCCACACCCACAAUUACAUCCAACUCUGUACCUCCGAACCUGAACCUCCCAAUAAACCCGGUUCCAUCAUGGUAUGCUACAACUUAUCUCCAAAUAACAUGACUAGGCCCCACCAGAGCUCAUAAACUGACCGUAGCUAGACGUCAAUAGGUACAGGUUACGAUCUCUCCAACUCCGUCUUCUCCCCAGAUGGCCGGAAUUUCCAAGUCGAGUAUGCAGUCAAGGCAGUAGAGAACGGAGGAACAUCCAUCGGAAUCCGGUGCAAAGAUGGAGUAGUGCUGGCUGUGGAGAAGGUCAUCUCAAGCAAGCUAUUAAAGGCUGGUGCAAACAAACGUAUUGCGACUGUUGACAGACAUAUUGGUGCCGUAUGUUUUGCUCCCAAGACUUGCACAUCAUAAUGAAACAGUACAACGCCUAACAUCAUCACAGGUAUCAUCUGGACUCGUACCCGACGGUAGACACUUUGUAUCUCACGCACGCGAUGAAGCUGCCAACUGGCGUUCAGUCUACAAAACCCCCAUCACAGUCAAGGAUCUUGCAAGCCGAAUGGGCGGAUAUCUUCAAGCAUACACCCUUUACUCCUCCGUACGACCUUUUGGUAUCACAGCAAUUGUAGGAGGCUGGGAUUCCGAGCUCGAACUUCCAGUGGAUGGCCAAGUUGGAAGUGGUCCAAUUAGUGGUGCAGGAGGCAAGGUCGAGGGGAAGACAUAUGGUGGACCAGGACUUUACAUGAUUGAGCCGAGUGGGAUGUACUGGGGUUACUAUGGUGCAGCAACUGGGAAAGGACGACAAACCGCCAAAGCAGAAUUGGAGAAAUUGGACUUGGCUGCUGGUAAAUUGAGUCUCGAGGAUGGUGUCAAGGAGGCUGCCAGAAUCAUCUAUGUUGCACAUGCUGAUAACAAGGACAAGGAGUUUGAGUUGGAGAUGACUUGGAUUAGCAAUUUGGAUGGUCCUACGAAAGGAAGACAUGAAGAAGUACCAAAGGAUAUUUUGGAGGAAGCCGAGCGAUUAGCAAAGAAACAUUUGGAAGGUGAGGAAGACGAUGAAGAGACGAAAGAUGAUGACAAGGAUAAAAUGGAGGAAUAGAUGUCCUAGGUGCGAGAACACCCUGUACCAACAUUUGCCCAUUAUCCAUUUUAUGCAAUUCUGCUGGCUUCACAACCCGAAUGAUGAUCAUUGAUUGACUUACAAGUCAUUCUUCUCUCCCGAGAUUGGGCAAUCCCCUAAUUCGUAUCUCGCUGCAUUGACGCUUUAGCGGAAUUGAGUCG